CUUCUUCCAUUUUCCAUCAACAGUGAAUACUACUUUUUAUAACCCUUUUUGAUAACUACCACAUGAUUGUUGUGAAUUCCCAUUUCCAUGAUUAAUAAAAACCCUCAUUUCUUACUCCUGAAAGACUCUUUUGUCCACUUCCGUAGAACAGUCACUACAAAGAGUUGCAAUAAAGAGAGAAAUUUAAAAAACAGAGAGAAAUUGCUCUGUUUUCAAAUAAAAAGAUCCAAACUUUUUAUUAUGUCUCCAUAGAUUUUUCUCACUUGUGACUGUUUUCAAGUACAGUGAGAUGAAGAAAUUGAUGGUUCUUCUUCUCUUAUCCAUUGGGUUGCUUUCUUUUUCUUUGUUCUGUGAUGCCAGACCUGUAUCUUCCUCUGCUUCUAGACCUGUUUUGGCACCUCAAAUUCACCCAGUUGUUGUUUCUUCUCCUGUUUUGCCCCCUCAAAAUCAACCAGCGGUUACAUCUCCUCCUGUUUUUUCAUCAACAAUGGCAGCAGCAGCAGCAGUCUCUCCAGGGAGUGGAGUUACAAAAACAGUACAUGACCAUCCAUUGAACAAGAAAAUGCUAAUAGCACUGAUUAUUGUGUCCACUGCACUUUGUGCAAUUGUCUCAUUCUUAUUCUGUUUGUGGAUUUACCGGCAGAAGAAAUCUCAUUGCUCUGAUCCUAAAAAACCCAGAAGGGGGUCUACAGAUGGUGUAAAAGGGUUGUCAUUAGGUCCACUUUUGGGUAAGUUUGGUUCAAUGAAGAUGGGUAACAAAAAGGGAUCUGUUACCAUGAUUGAGUAUCAGUUAUUAGAAGCAGCAACUGACAAGUUUAAUGAGAGUAAUAUUUUGGGUGAGGGUGGAUUUGGAUGUGUUUAUAGAGCUCAUUUUGAUGAUGACAAUCUCAUUGCUGCUGUUAAGAGAUUGAAUUGCGAAAGACAGGAUGCAGAAACUGAAUUUGAGAAUGAAGUGGAUUUGUUGAGUAAGAUUCGACAUUCAAAUAUAAUUUCCCUUCUGGGUUAUUGUAUUUAUGGUGAGACGAGGUUCAUAGUUUACGAAUUGAUGCAUAAUGGAUCUCUAGAAACGCAAUUGCACGGACCUUCUCAUGGAUCGGCUCUCACGUGGCACCUGCGAAUGAAAAUUGCGCUUGAUACUGCAAGGGGAUUGGAAUAUCUUCAUGAGAAUUGCAACCCUCCUGUGAUCCACAGGGAUCUGAAGUCGUCCAAUAUUCUUUUAGAUUCUAAUUUUAACGCCAAGCUUUCAGACUUUGGACUGGCUGUUGCUUCUGGACUCCAAAAGAGCAAUAUUAAGCUGUCGGGCACUUUGGGUUAUGUUGCUCCGGAGUACAUUUUAGAUGGUAAGCUGACAGAGAAAAGUGACGUCUACGCUUUUGGGGUUGUUUUGUUGGAGCUUCUGAUGGGAAGAAGGCCGGUGGAGAAAAUGACUCCAGCACAAUGUCAAUCUAUUGUUACAUGGGCCAUGCCUCAACUCACUGACAGAACGAAGCUUCCCAACAUUGUUGACCCCGUGAUCAGGGACACAAUGGAUCUUAAACACUUAUAUCAAGUAGCUGCAGUAGCCGUUCUAUGUGUACAGCCAGAACCAAGUUAUCGACCAUUGAUCACAGAUGUUCUUCACUCUCUAGUCCCUCUUGUACCUGCAGAACUUGGAGGAACACUAAGAGUUUCUGACCCAGCUUCUACAAGAAAUAUUAAGUCUUCGGCUUGAUGAGACCUGCGUUAUUGGCAGACAUACUUUUGCACGCCUACAUUGAAUAUGACAUGUAUGUACAAGGAUCUUCAUUAAGCAAUGCAGGUCAGUAGUUAAAAUCCCGGUAGUUCAUCCAUGUUCUUCAUGGUAACAAAUCUUAUAUGGUAAUUAGUUUUCCUCGAUAUUAAGCAAUGAAGGAAAAUUAAUCAUCUUACAUGGUAACAAUCUUGUGUUCCUCGACGCGCAGUUGUAAAUAAAAGCAAAAUAGAUGUGAAUGUAUACUCUUUCUUCUUUGGACUAUGAAAUUACUUUUGUUCAGAUCCCUUCUGAGUUACUGAGAUAUAUUUUUGAGCUCAUUCGUGUA